GGGAAAUUUAGAUUUCUCCAUGUUUGUUUUGGACACGUUUUGUUUCAAUUGUUGUGCCAUAUGCUUAUCUUUUCAUAUGCAAAGUCAUCUUGUCUUUUUAAUCAGUGAGCAAAAGGAUGCUACGAUUACUAAGAGCUGGCAUGGGUUUCUCAAAAACAAAUCAUGCUAGAUGAAUCUCAUUUCUUUUUUUGAUAAGAGUUACAAGCUGGGUGGAUCAGGGGAAUGCGGUGGGCGUGGCUUAUCUUGAUUUCAGUAAGGCCUUACACAAAGUCCCCCAUGAUAUUCUUGCAGAGAAGCUGGUAAAUUGUGGCCUAGAGGAUGCUACUGUUAGCUGGAUUUGGAGCCAGUUGACUUACUGAACCUAACAAGGGGUCACUAAUAGUUCCUGUCUUCUGAGGGGUUCAACCUGUUGUAAACAAAAAUUGCCCUUUUUCCUUAUGGGGUAUCCAAAAGCCCAUAUAGAGUCCUUACAUAGGUUUCCUAUUGAUAGGAAAGAAUAACAGAGGCCAACCAGAGACUAUUGAGAAGCAAAGCAGCUAGUAAGCUUGAUCUUUAUUGAUCUGUUGCAACAGGGUGCUCCCCUCACUCGCAGGAAAGGAGGAGGACCCACAAAAAUGCUGUGCAAGGCCUUAUAAAGACUUUUGAAAUUGCCACCCUGUAGAUCAAGACCACCCCCAGAAACAUCAUACAUACAUCACAGAAAAGGCGGUUUAAACAGAAAUUUGAAUGUUGUUUUUCUCCUGUCCUUGUUUAUCUCCUGUCUGGCAGGUUACUUGAUUGGAUUGCCUUGGGAGCCUGGCCAAUCUUUUGUAAUGAUAAAUACUUAGUUUCUGGGCCAUGUCACAGGCUCACACCCUAUUCAAACACAGACAUACCCUUAAGAUAGGAUUUGUGAAGGAAAAGACAAUGGGGAGGCUUUUCCAUUUUCCUUUGACCUUGCAGAGAAAACAUUUGGUCAGUUUGGGACAGUUCGAUUCGAGAAAGCAUUUGGUCAGUUUGGGACAGUUUGGGAAUCAAAAUGGUUCCAGGUCGGUCUUCCUGUGCUGAUCUAUGUAUGUGCUGUUAUGAACAUUACCAUAUAUCUAAGACCUCAAAAUUCCUAUCACAAACCUCUCUCUCCCAGCUUUGUGUUGUCUGCAAAGGUGAUCAAGAUUCACCCCAACCCUUUACAGAAGUCAGGGGAGAGAACCUUUUCCAGCUGAGAACCUCAGACAUGGAUUUUUUAAAAUGGUGAGAAGUACCCUGAGAUGACCCACUCAAAACCUUCCUUCAAUGCCCUGGUUUGUGGAGUUUCCUUACAGCUCAAUAGGGCCAUCUGAUUCUGAUGCUACUUCACUGGUGUUUGUAAAAAAAAAAAAAGUGCCCCUCCCCUGCACACAUUGACUUGCUAGAUCCUUCCCCCCUUCCAACUUUUGACACAGCACAUGAAUGAGGCCUCCUUUUUAUAUGAGGAGUGGCAAAAACGGUGGGGCAAGGAGUGUUUAAAAUCAGGAACAACUUCCUUUCGUGUAAGCCUCUCCCCCUCCUUGCUUUAAAAAACAACAACCUUGUACUGAAUACAAGGAAGUGACUUCAUGGUUUCAGAAAGCAAACAGAGUUUAUGGGGACUUCCUGUUGCAGACGCCUUCAUUGUGACCUUUGAGAGUGUGACUGAUCUCUUUGUGCCUGGGAGGAAAGGAGAGAGCACAUGGUGGCUUGAGCAGGCAGAAGAAGAAAGCACAUCCAGGGGCUCCUGCAAAGAAAGCUACAUUCCCAAAUUUGCAACCAGCUGCCCUAGGAGAAUGCCGGUGCUGGCCCCCGACGCUUGGAGCUACAUCCCUGAAGAAAUCCUGGCCAAUAUAUUUUACUACUUGCCUCUUAAAGAUCGGCACACAGUAUUCCACGUGUGCCGGCCCUGGGCUGCGGCAGUUUCUACCAGCUCUGUCUGGAGGUUUACAGAGGUCAGUUGCAGCACAGAGGAUGAAGAUGGCGAAGGCACUUUGCAGAGCUUGCACCAGUUUCUGAGCCACAUCAAGCACCUGAAGAUAGCCUUUGAUCAGUCUCAGGAGAAAACCCAGAGGAACGUCACUCAGAUUUUAGACAUGCUGGCCAAGCAGAACCACAAGUUGCAGGCUCUGUGCAUUGUGUGCAAAGGAGAAAACCCCCUUUUCUAUUCCGGCCAAGACAUCAUUCAGAGCAUCCGGAGAAUCUGCCAGAGCCAGAAUAAGACCAACCUUCAGCUUAUCGAUUUCCGGCAAAUGCCUUUCACUCUAGAUGACGGGCUCAUUCAGCUGAUUGCAUCCAGCAGUCCAAAUCUGCAUACCCUGUUCAUCAACAACCGCACCCUGGUUUGCAACGUCAAGCCAGAGACGAUCUGUGAGGUUCUGAGGGUUUGUCCUAAAUUAUCUACCCUGGGGGUCUACUAUGCAAGCCUGUCUGAGGAUGUUUUCCAGGAACUGGUAAAGUCAAAUCGAGGGCCUUUCAAGUGCCUGGAUAUUUUCUGCGAGCGCCUGGACAAGUACAUCCCCGUCAUCCCGGAAAAGCUUUGGGCUAUGGUUUGUGAGAGAUAUCCACAGCUGCAGGUGGAGAUGGAGUUCGACCACACAGUCCCUGCAUGGAAGAUCCCUCGGAUUCUAAAGCCCAAUAUUCCCGUAACCAGUUUACAGCUUAACACUUACACGUACAUGGUGAACCAGAUUCGGUUUGCCACCAGCAACUACAGCAAGACUCUGGAAAGGCUGGUCAUCCGCACUACGCCAUCUGAUGACCUCAACUCCUCGCUAACAGAUCUAGCCAAAAAGUGUGUGCAUCUGAAAGAGGUCCACUGUUACUGUGUGGUUAGCCCAGCCGUGGUACAGGCCUUUCUUUUACACUGCAAGGGUUUGAGAAGGUACACUCUAAAGGUCACCACGGGACGCAGCACUUGGAAACCAACAAUAAUCCAGUGAUUUUCCAUCUGCAGUAAAGGCACAUUCACACCUAUCCUCUCGGACAGUAGCAGUUUAGGCCUUUGGUAGUGUCCGGGGUGUACAUUUCAGUACUGUCUGCACCACUGAGGCUGCAAUCCUAGCUCUGCUAACCUCUGAGUAAACCCCACUUACUUACUCCAGAGUUGGCAUGGUUAGGAUUGUGGUGCAAUUCCAUUUCCUCUCACUUUGUUGCUAAAUUUACUGCUGGAGUAGGCAACUGCUCAGGAGUAAGGUGGGUAAACACAGAAUCCAAAUAGAAUUACACUUACUUCUCAGCUGAUAUGGCUAAGAUUGUGCUCCAAGUGCUACUGUAUUCAGUGGGGCUUACUCCCCGGUAAGUAGGGUUAGGACUGCAUCCUAAGUCCCAUUACCUAUUAGUGUGAACAAAUCACAGUCUUUGCCCUAGAAACAGGUGAACAAUGUUUACAGAGUGGCAUAUAUUUUUCAGAUUCUUGCAAAAUCAUAGCACUUUAAAUCUGUGAUAUGAUCAUAAUUCACAAUAAAUAUUUGUAUACGAAA